AUGGCAGAAGACUACCUCGACUUGACCGCAGUUGUGGUGAUUAGCGACUUCACUGAGCUGCUGGCACUGGUGCUGUCUGGACUGGGACUGUCGCUACUGCUGUCGCAGGUGCAACAACUGCCACAACUUCUACUGGCGCUACUACUGCUUCUGGAUGUCAUCCGCACCCAUUGGUUCCAGCAAUGUUUAUCCGCUAGGUAG